CCUACCUACUUACCCUCCAGCUACCUGAAUUUCACUGAUUCAUUCCUCAAUGUCAGCCCUCAAUAAGAACAACUCUGCCGUCAAGCGCAUCAUGCAGGAGGCUCGAGAGCUAUCCGAUGACCCUUCAACUGACUAUGCUGCAGGACCUUUGGAAGAUGAUAUCUUUGAAUGGCAUUGCACAUUACGAGGUCCUGCAGGAACAGAGUUCGAGGGUGGCCUAUAUCAUGUUCGCAUUCUACUGCCCGCAGAAUAUCCCUUCCGACCGCCAUCGCUAAUGAUUCUCACGCCCAACGGCCGUUUCGAAUUGAAUACCAAGAUAUGCAUAAGCUUCACCAACUACCACGAGGAACUGUGGCAACCUGCUUGGGGCGUACGGACCGCAAUUUUGGGUCUUCAAGGUUUCUUUCCCCUGAAAGGGCAGGCUGCUGCAGGUGUCGGAUCUGUUGAAUACCCUGCCUUAGAAAGGAAGAGAUUAGCCGCUCUAUCUCGGGAUUGGGUCUGCCCGCAUUGUCAGCAGUCUAAUCUCGACAUACUUCCUGACCCACCAGCCGGUCAGGAGAAUCGUCCAAGCUCCUCUGUUUCUCCUCCUGUAGAAUCGGCACUACCUCCAGAACAUAAUGAUGCUUCUUCCACGAACUCUGUUAGUCCUCGAUCCGAAGAAGCAGAAGACGAAGUUGCACAAGAGACCUCUCUGUCAAUGCCAGAAAGAUUUUCCUCCCCUACAGUUCCCGAGCAUGAGACGCAUGGUCUAUCCCCACAACCGCAGCGUCGACCCCCCGUUUUAUUGGAUACAGCGAUAUGUUUCUUCCUUGUAUUGGUUUUUGCUUUGCUUUGUAGGAAGAUGAUAUAGAUACUAGCGUGGAUGUACC